CCACGGCCGCGGGUCAAAGCCCAGACGCUCGAAUGCAUUUAUCCCUGGAUACCAUGAGCCUGGUGGACGACAGCUGCCUCUCACCUGCCAACUUCCACGAGAUAGGGAAGGGCGGCGUGGCGGCGGCGGGGGGCCACGUCCACAGCAUUGAUGUCAUUCUAGGUUUCAGCAAAGACCAGGAGCCGUUGCUGAGUCCCGCCGGGGCCCCGGGGCCCCAGAGGGGGGGCGUGGACGACAUGGGAGGACAUGGGAAGCACGCAGAGCCCUCGUCUUACAGCGGACAUCUUCACUCUGUGAGAAGCAGCGACGCAGAGCAGCAUCAGUACCACGGACUUGUGGACACUGGCUUGUUUGCAAACAAGAGUGACGACGAGUUGGGAGAGCUGAGGCAGAGCAUUGAGAUGGACGAGGGCAAGUCUCCGGAGUCGUGCUGCAAAGACGAUCAGCCCAAGAAGAAGCACAGACGCAACCGCACCACCUUCACCACCUACCAGCUGCACGAGCUGGAGCGCGCCUUCGAGAAGUCCCACUAUCCCGACGUGUACAGCCGAGAGGAGCUGGCCAUGAAGGUCAACCUUCCAGAAGUCCGAGUCCAGGUUUGGUUUCAGAACCGCAGAGCUAAAUGGCGUCGACAGGAAAAAAUGGACGCGAGCGCCAUGAAGCUCCACGACUCCCCCAUGCUCUCCUUCAACCGUUCGGCGUCCGUCCACCCCAGCGUGGGGCCGGUGACCAAUUCGCUGGCGCUGGACCCCUGGCUGCCCUCGCCUCUGUCCAGCGCCACACCGGUCCACAGCAUCCCGGGCUUCAUGAGUCCAGCUCAGGGCCUCCAGCCCGGCUAUCCGAGCCACAGCUUCAUCAACGUCACCCCCCACGCUCCCCACUCCCAUCCUCAUCCUCACCCCUCCAUGGGGCAGGGGAUGCAGAGCAUGGCUCCUCCUCCGUACCAGUGUGCAGCGGCAUACCCUGAGAAGUUCCCACUGGAGAACGUGGACCAGCGGAGCUCAAGCAUCGCUGCUUUAAGAAUGAAAGCCAAGGAGCACAUCCAGUCUAUGGACAAAACAUGGCAACCCAUGUGAGCGCAUGAGUCCAGGGAAUCAAAUCGAAAUGAGAAAAGGUGGAUUUUAAACUGUGAAAUUUUACUUUUUUCUAGGUUUUUCUAUUAACUAAUUCUAUUUUUUCCUGCUGUGUGGGUACAUAUUUUGUUUUAAUGACGCCAAGUAGCAGAAAUAUGGAGUCAAAUCAGUAUCAGCUUAAAGGGAAUGAAAAGCAAUAUUGAAAAUGUGAUAAAAAGGCUUUGUAAAUUAAAAAUAAUAAUAAUAAUAAUUUGAAAGCAGCUUUAAACUCGAAAAUACACAUUGAUUAUAAGAGCUCAAAGCCCCCU